AUGCAGCCCACAUCAGUCAUGGCCGCCAGUAAACGGAGCCUCUCCUUUUUGACAAACGGAAGAUCCAAGCUUGUCUGGAAGGCCUACGCCAUUGCGUUGCAGGCCCAUAUGACGACACAAGACGACCUUGACAGCUCAUCCAAAGCCAUUUUCGUAGCUUCCCCAGGACUAUUUGACAUCCCUGCAGGCGAGUUCGCUCCUAAAGAGAUCACCAAUGACCACAUUUUCCGCCGAACCGACGUUUUACAGGACAGUCGAUCCCCCUUCUAUGUGUCUGAUGGCGAUAGUUACUUCGAUUCCCGACGCAGAUACCUUCAAAGCGUCCAUGAUGAUGUCGUAACUCAGUCGGACGUCAGCGGCUCAAUCUCAAAGCUUCGUUCCGAAGUGCAAAAAUCACAAGACAGAAGCGCAGAAGCAUAUUUGCGGGAUCUCGAUCUAUACCAUAAAAGUGAAGCUCUGACGGGGUCAGGACUGCCUAGUUUCGAAACCUGGAGCCAAAGCUUUGGGGUUUACUACGGAUGGGCGAAGGCUGAACAAAAGCGACUCGAAUCUGAAUACACACUGGCCGCCACGAAAACAUCCAGUAGUGUCGGCCUGGCAUUGGCAGCAUUCAAUCUGGCACAGGAAACCUCGACACUGAGACUAGGGAGUAAUAUGCCAUGCUCGGAUAUGGACAUACCAUCUUCAAGGACAACCACGAAGCCUCCUGUUCCGUUAACUCCAGAUAAGAUCUAUUAUAGACCCUUGUACUCAAUCAACGGGGUUGACCGUAGGGUCGAUUCCUGGGUUGAAGCCAAAGAUGGAGGCCGCGAACAGAUUAGCAUAGAUCUCGACCUCGUAGGUGCAAAGACUGCUCCUUGGGCCAGCCUCGGAUUCCCGAAUCUGGACAGCGAUCCUCUCUAUAACACCAACACUGCAGCUUUCGAUGUGAAGCUUUCUCUUGAGGCUGGAGGGUUGCAAGCGUUCGACGUUGAUCGGGGCUUUUGCAGACUGAUGAAGAUUACAAGAAUUUUGUUGGGAUACAACGUCAAGAUCAAAUUGGCUGCCGCGGAUGACAUGAAGAAUCCGCUCCCGAACGCUUUGCUCGACAUAGGCGGAGGAGAAAAGAACAUCUUGGGAAUGCCCGCAGGCAAGUUAGACAGUGAUGAUGGGCAGGUUGUAGUCGCUAGUGCCCCUAGCGGAUUCCCCGCUGUGCUUGCUGUGCUGGGGCGGGAGAUUUGA